CAGUGCGGUGGGAGGAGUGACUCCGAGCUCCGUUUUAUUAAAGACACACUGUAACGUUUGAUCCUCAGAGGGUUUCUGCAGACAUGGAGCUUCUAGCACUUCUGUUUCUGAGCUUCUGUUUCCUGACUUUGUCCGGACUGACGUAUGGGGCAGAAUCCGGGACGCCUAUGGUUGUGAAAGAAGAUGAUGAUGCUAUUUUACCGUGUUUCUUUGACACCAACGUUGAGAACAUUGAGUUAAUGAAGUUUGACUGGAAGAAGGAAGGAACAGAUCCUCGAAAGCAGGUGUUCAUGUAUGAUAGGGGUGCCCAUCACAAUAAUGGCCUCUCAGAUCAAGAUGAUCAGUUCAAAGGUCGAGUCUCACAUUUUCCGGAAAAGCUGAUGGAUGGCAAUGCCUCCAUAAGAAUAAAUAACACCCGAUUGAAGGACAAAGGAAACUACACCUGUUUUUUUCCAAACAGCAAAAAAACAUUCCUUGUUGAGCUUGUUGUUGGUGCAGCAGACCCUUCUGUCACAAUUCUUGGUCACACAAACAAUGGGGCGCAGCUUAAGUGUGACGUUAAGGGUGCUUACCCUAAACCUACAGUGGAGUGGCAGGAUAGUAAGAAUCAAAUCAUUCCUUCUGAGGAUCAGACCCUUAAAAGAGGAGAGGACUUCUACGUCACCCUAAAAGCUACUGUAAGAAAGACUGACUACUAUCGCUGUGUUGCCACACAGAAGGAAAUUCACCAUCGGUCACAUACGAAAAUCUAUGUAUAUAUGAAUGGUGCCCGAUCUGGGACUGGGAAAAUUACAGCUACUGUUCUUUCAGUUAUGAUUGGAAUUUUUGCUACUGUUUAAUUUUACUGCAAAGAUCGAGCUGCGUGGUCUGUCACAAAACUGAUGUAGUGCAACUGAUUGUCUUAAAAAUAAAAGACCAUACAGAUGAAUCUCUCCAGUGCUGACAUUAUCCUGCUGUAUCUGAAGCUGUGCAAAGGAUGGAACAAAACGUUAACACCCAGUGUGUUUCUGGUGUUAAUUUGCCAGCCUCACUUGGACUGCAUAGGUGUGUAUGUCCAUCGCUUUCCAGGUUGUAUAAAUAUCCAACAGUGUUUUAUUAACUUUACUUAGUGGAAAAAUGUAAUGAAACUGGAAUCCAGAUCUGAAACAAAUGUAAUUUAAAUUAUUCUUCCUUUGUCAGUGCUCUAGGUCAGUGUUUUUCAACCUUUUAUGAGUCGUGGCACAUUUUAUUGAUAAAAAAUAUCCUAUGGCACACAACUAACGAAUCUUGUUUCAAAAUGACACACUGUAGCCUAACACAGUACAUAUAAUGGCAAGUUAGUCCCUCAGUUUGUUUAUACUCAUUCAGUGUGAAACCUGGUCCUGUCUAGAACACAAAGAUGAUAUUCUGGCAGGAACUGAAGAAAUUUAACAAAGUUUUGAAGAAGUUUGCGCACGACAUCAUCCAACACAGGAUCUAGGUCUGCCUGAAAGUCUUGGCAACGAGCGCCUCGUUGUGCAGAAAACAGUGCAUAACAAUAAUAUCUGGGUUUAUUGCUUUCACUCUGCUAACAAAACCUUUGGUGUGCCCGACCAUGGCUGCUGCUCCACUCAUGCAGUUUUCCCACUUAAAUCCACCUUGUUCAAGAUAUUCAGAUGUAACCCAAAAAAUUUCCUCUCCUGUUGUUUUUUCUGGCAGUGCCUUGCAAAAUAGAAAUUUUCUCUAAUGGUGUCUCCAUCCAAAAAAUGCACAUUGGCCAAGAGUUGGGAAUGUCCACUAAUGUCCGUAGACUCAUCAAGUUGCACUGCAAACUUCCCACUGAUGCGUAUCUUUUCCAAAACCACACUUUCAGUGUCUGCAGACAUGUCAUUGAUACGUCUGGCAAUUGUGUUAUCUGAGAGCGGGACUCCGGUUAUUUCAUUAACCGCGUCAGGUCUGAGCAUCUCAUUCACAAUGGCAUUGUAGGCAGGUGGCAUUAAUGUCUCUAUUACGAUGCGUUUGGGUUUUGUUUGGUUUUUUUUUUUGAUUUGGCUAUAAGUUGAGCUACUAAGUAGCUAGGUUCGAGAGUUCUUUCAGACACCAUUGUGUUUUUUCUCAUUAAAGUUACCUGUUUCUCAGCGUGUUCACGCAGGUGAACAAAAUAGCCUGUAUUCUUGUUUUGAAGUGAGGGAUGUUUUGUAUGGAGAUGACAUUUGAGCUUUUUUGGGACCAUGGCACUGUUUGAGAGCUUUCCCCACACACCAAACAUAACAGAGUGGGUGCAGUCGGAUCUCCAGUGAAAGUAAAAUCCAAACGAAAGAUAACUUUCGCUGUAUUGCCUUGAGCUCAUCGUUUUUGCUUUCUUUUGACCACUGCUCCUACUAGCCUCUUCUGGAUUAAAAUUUUGUCCAGGGCCCAGUUCAGAGUCUUCUAUUUUUAUUUUUAUUUUUUCAAAUAUUUAUCCAUCUUUGUUGUAGUCUUGCAACUGCCACGUACCGCGCACAUUACUAACUUUACUACUAAAUCAAAUCAUUACUAAAAUCAAAUCACGUCAUUCAACUUCAAAAGCAAAAAUGUUCUUUGAAAUGUACACAAAAGUAAUUCUUUAACUAAAACUAUGUCCUGUUAUUCAAAGUUGAUCAUAUUGCGCUAGUAAUUACUCUACCAGUCAUUGCACUGAAAGUACAGAUGUCCAUCAAUGAUUUUAUUACUUGCAGUAAUUAUUAAAUUGUAUUUUUGGACCAAAUAAUUAAAAUUAAAUCAUUUCCCAUGGCACACCUGAUGAUCUUGCACAGCACACCUAUGUGCCGUGGCACAGUGGUUGGGAAACACUGCUCUAGGUGUCCACCAAUUUAAUGAUAUUUGGUUUGUAUAAUCCUGCUGACAGAAAAACAAGUGAACUGACAAGAUUCAGAAACAUAGAGCUAAGGCUGGGGAACAUGCAGCUAGUGAAAAUUGCUCCCCAAACCACGAUUCAUAUUUCUUUAGAAUUGGUUAUUCUGAAUGAUGUGCCACUGUGGUCACCUGACCUUUGAAAAUAAAAGUUGAAAUCCCCAUUGUCAUGCUGCCGAUGAAUUAUGCUUGAUGAUCAGGCUGCAUUUUCCACAGUACUUCACUGCCAUCUGUGAAUCAUGUGUUGAUGAAUAUCUGAAGGUAAACUAAACUGAAAUUGUAACUGAAAUACAUCUAACUGCUCACAGUGCUUUAGUUAAACAUGGACACUGUGAACAAGACAAACCCUGAACCUGCUCUAAAUGAAGGUCAGCUUUUUGUGUAAUGUGUCUUUAGUAUGCAUAUGUCUUUGGUAUUAUUUUAAGCCUGUUUUCUUUUUGAAAAAUAAUUUAAAGAUAUUAAGCCACUCUGUGAGGUAUGCUGUUCAUGAUUGAUAUUAGGAAUGUGUUCAUGCUGUUAAAUGAUUAUUUCACAUCACGCCAUUUCACAGAUUGCUUAAAGGUUUCUGUAAUCAUCCAAAUAAAACAUGAAAAUA